AAAGGCCUGUAAAGAGGUAUAGAAAUCAGUAUUCCAGUUUGCUUUCUGCAUUCUGGUAAUUCAAACACUCACACAACAUAUUUGUUUUCAUAAGUAAAAGUACACGUUUCUAAAUAAUGCUAAUGUGCUCCUUAGUUUUAAAGCAAUACACUCAGAACGAAGCACCAUCCCAGGUUUCACCAGCAGGUGGCUCUGUGAGUGCACUGUCUGAUGACUGCAGCUGUAACACAUUUACCUAUGGUUCAACGGCCCCGCCCAAACACACCACCAAGUGAUUCACUGAGCGGACACUUGUAAGACAGCUCAUCUUAACUUGUCGUCCAUCACCCGCAGUUUCCAGUGUGUAAAACAACGGAAUUAACCUGACAUACAGACACCACAGAAGACAGGAACAGAGGCACCAUGGGAGCAUCUUCUUCUGGUUUGUUGGAUGAAGCUAAAAUGAGCGCGGUUAAAGGACUUGUUGAAGGUAUGUUAAAGAACUUUGGUGACUUUUAUGAGAAGCAGUACUCUGCAGCCUACUUCGGACACAUACACCAGGAGGUGGAGCCUAAGAAAGAGGGACGUGGACUAUUGCUCAAACAGAGGCCUCAGUAUGCUCCUGAUGAAGUGCUGCACCAAUCCAAUGUCAAGUUCUCCUGCUGGUAUGAGCAGGGAAAGAAGUCCCGAGGGAGGUACAUCGUCCUGAAAAGAGACUACAGAGUAGAGAUUCAUGAAAGCAUGGAGACUUUUAAUCACGGCUCUUCAGCUAAGCUGGUCAUCCAUCCAGUUGGAGGCACUGUGUUCAUCUCAGAAGAGGAGUCCAGAGCUCACUUGGAAAAAACUUGUGCUGGAUUACUUAAUGGAGUCAAAGAGGAUUCUUCUUCAGUGGUGUCCUCUCCAGACCUGCCUGCUGUGUAUCUGCACCUGCCUUACACCGGCUACACCUGCUUCCUCUUCAAAUUAAAAGAGGAGCGAGAUAAUUUCCUGUCUGCACUGGAGUCCUGCAUCAGACACUGUAACCUAGAACCAUGGUCUGAGUCGUCCUAUGAGAACCAAGCAUUCAUCAGAGCGCUACAGCUCUAUCGCCAAGACAGAGGAUGCUAUGAAUCAUGGGAAAUGCUGUUGGGCGCAGAAGAGCACGUUCUGACCAAUCAGAUGAUGGAGGAAGUGUUGCCAUGGUUACAAAGUCAGCUGCAGUCCAAACUGAAAGGAAAGAAGACUGAGAGGAUUCGUCUGUGGUUGGCUACAGUACAUGCCACUCACGUGGUGGUGUUCCCACUGAUCACAGCAGGGUUGGAGGCUCUAAAGGUGAAGUGUCAUCAUGCAGCAUUUGCCAGUCAGACACUGAUCAGAGCUGAUCUGGACCAGAUAACAUCCUCUCUGUCCUUCCUGGAGGAGAAAAUCAGAGUGUGUGUACGUGAAGAAGCAGAGACGGUGCACACUGAGUGUGUGGCUCCCUACUUGUUGUCCAUCAUUGAAGUGCUGGCAGAAAACACAAGUGCAGGCAUCGAAGAGAUGCAGCAGACACUGCACACACAGAUCGACUCAGCCUUCACACACAAGAAUGGAGGAGGAACGGAGGAGACAAAGGAGACCUUGUUUUCACUGCGCUCUAUCAGUCUGGAGCAGUGCUACGAAAAGGUGAAGAACCUGACAGAGCUUCUUGUUGAUUUGAAACAAAGGUUUGGACUGAGCAGCGUCCAGAGACUGGUCCACUCUGCACUUCUGGAGAUGGAGCGGCUGCUCGACAGGGCCGUGUACACUUUAGAGCUGUUUCUGCAAUCUGCCAGAAUGCAGUCCUCUGAAAUUCUGGUCAAGACGGAAAGAGCAACAAAAAGGGUUCUCAAGCAGUUGGACUAUGACAGCAAAGUUGUCCAGAAGAAGUUCUACCACGAUGCUCUGCUAGAGAUUACUCUGCCUGUUGUGAUCAAGAGGAUGGACAACAAGUGGAGAACGGAUCUGCAGCAGUUUGAGCAGUACAUUUUCUCAGACUACAGCUCUUUCAUCCUUGUUCGUAAUGUCUAUGACAACGUGUUGAGGAGCAUUCUGAGCGCACAGAUAGAAGCAGUGGUUCAGGAGGCCAUGACCAAGAAAAGCAAAAAUCCAUUAGUGGACAUCUCUGAUUUGGCCUUCAGUCAGUACAGUCUUUUAGGACAGGCAUCUCUGUGUCCGACAACAGAUGGCCAAGUCAGUCACACCCCAGCUGAGGUCACUGCAGAUGGACCAUCUGCUGCUGUAAAAGAGGAGGGGCCACUCCCUCAAUCUGACCCACAACUUCACCCUGAACCCAAGUCUGAUCUUAGUCCUGCUCAAAGUUCGGACCACAACAUGGUGGUUUUACCCACUGUAACAAUUGUGACAAAGGACUUGGACGAACCUACAAAUGAGGAAGAUUCUCACUCCAAUACAAUUCAGAAAAAUGGUCACAUUGAAAGCGACGCACCAUCAACAACAGACUCCGCUGACUCUGCAACACCUGAGCUCUUACCUGCCCGAGAAUCUGUUCAUUCUUGCCCAGACUCCUCCGAGCCUUCGUUGUCCUCUCUACUCUCACUGUUGUCCAAUGAUGCUUCAAGUGAAGUGUCUCAAAGAGCUCAAACCUCUGCCUCAGAUCAUGCAUCAGAGGACACAGGUGGUGACCAGUCCUCACAUCCAGUCCCUACACACCCACCACCUGACAGUCCAACAAAAAUCAGCCUGGAGUCAUUGAACAGAGCCAUUGUCUGUAAUGGCACUGAAGAUUCUGUGACAGAAAUGACAGCACACGGGAUGGCGGACAGAGCUGUCUACCUGACGGGACAAAUCAAGGAGAGCUGGGACCUGGAGAGGCUUAAAGAAGAGAAACAGGCAGAGGCUGAAACAACGGCUGAGUCAGGAGAGAGAAAGGAUGAUGAACAGGAAGCCAGUGAGAACGAGAAACAAACAGAAGAUGAAGAAAAUAUUAAAAAUGAAGGCUGUCACACUGGGAACGAGGAAGAGGAGGAGAAGCUCCUUCAGACUCCAGAGCCUGUGGAAUCACAGGCGGAAUAUUCUCCUCAACCAUCACAGGACAGUGUGGCCAUCAUCAGAGAGCUGGUGACGGAGGUCACAGAGGUGGAGAUAGACGUGACGCCGUGUCCUGACAGCAGCAACACACCCUCACCCUGACAUUAACAAAACACCUGCGCAGUAAAAACACUGACUGAUCAGACAGUAACUGGAACUGUUUAAAAACUACUGCUUUAUAUUUUUAAAAUCAAAUUAAUAACAUGUUUAAUUGUCUGAAACUUUCUUCUUGAAAAUGGUUUGUAUAAGUCCAGAGCUCCUAUUUUAGUCCCUUUUUCUGCACACAUCAAAAUUAAACAGUCUAAUAAAUAUUAUACUGCUUUGUUGGUUGUUUUAAUUAAAUUAAUAAAAUUCACCAAAAGUGUGGACGUUAUCUUAAUGUCUCUUUUGAGAAUGUUGUCACUUGUAAAAAUAAUAAUAAAAACUAAACUGUAACUGUAAUUGAUUUUUGUCACAUACAGUUAACUAUACUAUUACUAAUUGUUCAAUAUUUGUGACAACGAUAUUUUUAAUAUUUGUUGAAGAAUUCCCUUAUUUAAAUCACCAUGAAAAAAAAACCCAUCAAAACAAAAACGUAUCUGUCUUGGAGGUUUUUAUUAAGUAGUGAGCUUUCAUUGUCAAGCACUUGCUUUUGUUAGUGUCAGGUUGAGUCACAGAAUAAGAAUUAUAAAAAGACAUAAUGUACAUACUGAAGAUUUACAAUAACUACAGGUAAAAUAAGAAUAAAAUAAAACAUUGCUACUGGCAUCUGGACAUCUUUUAGGUGCAAAUUUUAACAGCACAAUAUCUUUUACAUUCCUUUAAACUUACUUUGUUCAUUUCAGUUCAAUCUGAUUGCUUUCCAUCAUCACAAUUAUUGUUUUUUUCACGUGUCAUCUCUAAUUCACAAGCCCCAAUAAUCAUUGUUUAUGUGCCACAAGGGGGCGCCCUGCGAUGUCCUGCUCAUUUAUAAUGACCCUAUUAAGGAUUUUUGUUUUCCUUUUACAGUGUUCACCAAAAUAAAUACUGCAUCAGCUAUGCGAAA